UGUAUAUCCCUGAUAUUACAACAAAGUCUACAAAAGCAUAUUCUGCUUUAAAUAUUCUUCCUCAUCAUGUACAUUCAAAUGUAUGGUACACACUUAGGAUAUGUUUAGAGUUCUUGUGUUUAUGAGUUUUACUUUAAUAAGUCAACAGAAGGCAUAAAGUGCUUUGACUUUGUGAUAAUGUCAUUACUAUCAUAAUUGAAUCAGAGGUUGUAAAAUUACAAUACGAAUGAGCGAAACAUGGGAGAAAAACAAUUUACACCUGCUAUUAAAACAAAAGCAAACAGCAAAACAGUAUCAGGGGAAGGAGUCUGCUUAAAAACAUGGUGUGUGAGGCACAUGAUGACAUCCCCCGAGGAGGACCUGUUCGAACUUGCUACUUUAAUUAGCUUUUUGAAAGUGUAAACCUGUGUCCAAAAACACAGAGGGAAACAACAAAUCUCCUGAUAGUCAUUUGCAGACUCUAUUCCUGUGAGAAAUCACACAUCUCAAACAAUGCGGAACACAAUUUGAAGCACGUUUCUGAGGAAAUAGCAGGUAAUUUAUCAACAUGGGUAAAUGGAGCCUUUGCUCUGUGAUAUACUAAACAUUUAUAGUCUCUGCAUAACCAGGCAGUGUGCAUAUGUCGACAGGGAGAAGUAAAACAUACAUGUAUAAUAGCGCUUUGUCCCUACACUCCCAAUUAGUGCAGACAGGUAAUGUUAUACAGCUAAUUGUCCUGCUCCUCUGUGUCUAUUACUGUGCUCUCAGGACAUGAAGCAGUGCACGGGGCACCAGCUGUACAAGUAAAACCCUCUUGAUGACUCAUUGUCGGCAUCAUCAGGCUCAAUUUGCAUCAAUAUUAACCACACACUGUUACCAUCAUAAGGGUUGUGUUGUUUUUUUCUUCUUCUUCUUCUGUUUCCACAGGGAGACAGGAUCAGAGUAUUUCAGAAGAUUGACAUUGACACCCCUCUGUUUCCAAAAAAGAGAAAUUCUAACAAAUAAAUUAAACAUCAGGGAAUGAACAUUCAAAUGUUAAUUUUAUUACCUGGGGGAGCGCAAUAACAUUUUUUAUGGCAAUCAACAAAUAAAAAUUAAAGCUGAAAUUGCGUCUUCAUUAACAGCUUGGAAAAUCAUGAAUAAUAAUAGAAAGGGUGGAUGAUUUGUAGACUUUUAAACUUGAAUGCCUUGUAGAUGUAAGUCUGGAGGCAACAAUAAAGCAGAGGAUUCAUUUAAAUUAUUUAGAAAGUACUGAUUUGUAAAAUCUACAUAUGUGAUGUUGUACCAUGUAUACCAUAGAUAACAAAUUGAUAACUUAUAAAAGGACUAUGGAUUUUGUUCAUCAUUCUUGGAAAAAAAACAUUAAACUAUUUUUCAUUUUUUUUACAAAAGAACAAGGGACAGUGCAAAUUCAGCCGGAGUAUCUAACUUUGUUUUUAUAUUUGAUUUGAAGUUCAUGUUUUCUUGUUGUAAUCCCCUGCUGUGGAAACCCUUUGAGAGCAUCUUAAAUUUAUUGUGUUGUCUUUAUUCUCCAAACAGGGCUGAACACUACAUUGUUGACCAGUGACCCCAAGAGGCUGAGAAAUUAUAAAAUGUAGUUGCACAGGUUAAUGCACAACAGGCUUAAGCUUAUAUGUAAUCAGGUGAGCAACAUUUUAGGGGCUCCGAAGAUGUUAUAAUCCUGCUGUAUUGUACGUUACUUUGCCAAUAUUUUUUUAAUUUCUUUGGCUUGAAGUGUGUCUUUAACAAAGUUGAUUGUCUGUCUGCUUUGUAAAUCACAUUCAGUGCAGGUUGUGCUGUCAUGGAUCUGUGUGUGACCAUCAAAGGGGUCUCCUUCCUCUUGCAAACAGGUAUGGGCAUCUUGGGGAACUGUGUGGUGCUGCUGGCAUACGGCCACAUCAUUUAUACAGAACCCAAACUCCUUCCUGUGGACAUGAUCCUGUGCCACCUGGCCUUUGCCAACCUGAUGCUGCUGCUGACUCGCUGCGUCCCUCAGACCAUGACUGUGUUUGGGCUAAAGGACCUUCUGAAUGACCCCGGCUGUAAGGUUGUGAUCUACGCCUAUCGCAUCGGCCGGGCUUUGUCUGUGUGCAUCACGUGUAUGCUCAGUGUGUUUCAGGCGGCGACUAUUGCUCCAGGGGGGCCACUUUUGUCCAGGUUGAAGCCUUCACUUCCAUCCCUUGUUGUCCCCACCUUUGCAGGGCUGUGGUUCAUUAACAUGGCCAUAUGCAUUGCUGCACCUUUUUUCUCUAUGGCUCCACGUAACGGCACUGUCCCGGCUUUUACUCUCAACCUGGGCUUCUGUCACGUGGACUUUAGAGACAACCUGUCCUAUGUGAUCAAUGGAAUCGCUGUCUCAUUUAGGGACUUUGCCUUUGUGGCCUUGAUGUUGGCCUCUAGCAUCUACAUUCUUGUGCUUCUCCAUCGCCACAGCCGCCAGGUGAGAGGGAUGCGCCGUUCUCAUGGCGGUGAGACAAGGGCUGCCAAAACUGUAGUGACCCUCGUCGUGCUGUAUGUGGUCUUCUUUGGGAUUGACAAUGUGAUCUGGAUCUAUAUGUUGACCGUGGCUAAGGUCUCACCUGUGGUGGCUGAUAUGCGGGUGUUCUUCUCCUCCUGCUAUGCCUCACUCAGUCCAUACUUCAUUAUUUCUUCCAACAAGAAGGUCAAGGCAAAGAUCAUAUGUACAUCUGAGCAGGACCAGCCUUUGGCAGAACCUCAGGAGACAAAUGUUAAAUGAUUAUUUAUAUAUAUAUAUAUAUAUCUUCACAGGUGGUCAUGCACAGUAUCAUAUAGAUCUUUAGGCUAACCUUGUCUAGAUUUUGGCAGAUAUAUUAAUCUACAUCCAACCUGAAGCUAUUUCUAAAACAACUUUUUGUUUAAGGCUAACAAUGGAUUUCAUUUAACUGCAUUACCAAACAAACAAAACUAAUUUGCAAUGCACUUAAUAAAGUUCUUAGAAAGUAAUAAAUGUGUAAUUGACUUUAUUGUAGCCUUCAGCACCACUGAAGGAACAUUUGGACAUUUAAUGUUCGUUUAUAGAAUUCU